UGAAUUAGUCUCACUUGUGUAUUGCGUUGUUGAUAUAUAAUUGUGUAUAACCCAAUCUUCAUUUAGCGCAGGUGUAAGAUAAGAGUUGUGGAAAAUGUCAGAAAAACGAAAAGCUGAUGAUUUGGACAACGAGGAGUCUUUAUCUUUGCAGGAUAUUAUAGCAGAAGAUGACGAGUUAGAAGAAACUGCAAGCGCUGUGCUUGGAGGGAGUGAUGACAAGGAAUGCACGUACACUCAUGGUUAUGUGCAGCGUCAAGCAAUUUACGCAUGCAGCACUUGUGGCACUGGAGAUGAAGAAGCAGGAAUAUGCCUUGCAUGUUCACUAGAGUGUCAUAAUUCCCAUGAGUUGUAUGAACUUUACACCAAGCGCAAUUUUCGGUGUGACUGCGGAAAUUCAAAAUAUCAAGGCUUCAAAUGCAAAUUGGUACCAAAUAAAGCAGCCACCAAUGAGCAGAAUGUUUAUGGCCAGAACUUCAAGGGUUUGUAUUGCACUUGCAAUCGACCGUACCCAGAUGAUGAAGAUGACAUUGAUGAUGAAAUGAUCCAGUGUGUGGUGUGUGAGGAUUGGUACCACACCAGACAUCUCGGUGAAACCAAGUUCACGCCUGGUUUAGAGUAUUCUGAGAUGGUUUGUUUUGAGUGCACAAAGCGUUGCACGUUUUUGCACAAGUACAACGCCAUAUUUGCUGCUCCAACUAAAGUGGAAGCCCUAAGUAGGACGGAUCUGGAUAAAUCAAUUGAUAGAGAAAAAAAUGAUGCUUCAAAUAGCAAUGGUGAAAGCAGCAAGCAUGAAAGUAAAGAAACUGAUACACAAGCCAAAGAUAAAAAUCCGGGUUCCAAUGGAGCAGGUGAGAAUGGAGAUCAUAAAGAUAAAGAAAUUAAGCCAGAGACUGGAAAAAAUAUUUGCAAAAUAAAAGACAUUCCUGCUGUUAAGAUUACAGGGGCAACAUUUUGGCCUUGUGAUUGGCGUUUAGUAUUAUGCAGAUGCGAGGACUGUAAGAGUCUUUAUGAUGAGCUAAAAGUAGCUUUCUUGCUCGAUGAAAACGACACUGUGAGAGCUUAUGAGGAUAAAGGCAAGUUAAAUAGAAACCAAACGACUGGCCUUGAAGCAGUAGAGGGCAUGUCAAGAGUACACCAGAUAGAAAUGAUCCAUGGAUUCAAUAAUAUGAAAGAUGGUUUGUCAGAUUUUCUUAAAUCAUUUGCUGACCAGGGAAAGGUUGUCACUGCCGAUGAUAUAAAAGAAUUCUUCCAAAGAUUGAACCAGAAACGUCAGAGGUUGGAUCUUCCUUAUAACUGUCGCUAAACAUAAUACACCUUGUUCGUUGUUCUUUUAAAACUAUAUGCCUUUGUUUUUUUUAUUACUGUUUUUUUUAUUACUGGUGUUAGCCGUUAUUUUCUAUUUGUUACAUUUAAUAUUUGCUUUUGUAGAAUCUUUUAUACUUUUGGUUGUUGUUAUAUUACUGUGGUUUAUUACAAAUGAAAUAAAAAGGCCAAAUUCCAA